CACUUCCGACCCAUUCCACCUCCUGGAAAAUAACUGGACGGGGGGCACUACUCAUGACGUCGUCUGCAGUUGGGUCGGAGUUACGUGCGGCCUCCGCCAUCGACGAGUCACCUCCCUGGACCUCGAUGGCAUGGGUCUGGUCGGCACAAUCCCCCCGCAGAUGGGUAAUCUGUCGUUCCUCCUGCGCCUCGAUCUCUCCAACAAUAGCUUCCACGGGACCCUGCCGGAGGAGAUGGCCCGGCUCCGGCGCCUUAAGUAUGUCAGCGUCGCGUAUAAUGGUUUUGCCGGGAAAGUGCCGAUGUGGCUGGAAACUGUUCGGAGCUUGAACAAAUCUAGUUUCAGAAUAAUAGCUUCUCAGGAAUUCCAGAAGAGAUUGGGAAAUUGCAGAAGCUUAAGGUGUUGAAUAUAGAGCAUAAUCAUCUGACGGGGACAAUUCCGUUGUCUCUCUUCAACGUUUCGACCUUACAAGCUAUUGGACUGACCGACAAUGACUUGUCUGG